AAUCAAUCAGAGAACCAAAACCCUAAUUAGAAUCAGAACCCUCUUACAACCCGUCACGAUGAAGAACCCUGGUUCCUACGCUUACAGAGCUGACAACGCAAUGGAGUACGACGAAGAUUUUGAGGAAGAUGACGAGAAUCCAGAUCAGGGGUUCAAUCAAAAUGGAUAUUUCGGCAAUUACGACGAUUCGAAGAGGCACCCGAAGAAGCGAAAGCUGGAGUCUUUCGUCGCGAAAAACGAAUUCACUUCUCGGAGGGAAAUUUGGAGCGAAGAGGAGAUCGCUCUGCUGUUGGACGUGUGGGGUGAGAGGUACAUGGAAUUGGGGAGGAGGAGUUUGAGGGCGGAUGAUUGGGCGGACGUGACCGAGAAAGUGGCGGAGAUGAGCGGAGUUGAGAGGUCGGAGGUCGAGUGUAGGAACCAAUUGGAUGUUCUGAAGAACAAGUACAAGAAAGAAAGGGCCAAAAUGGAGAGUGGGCAGGAGAGCAAGUGGAUGUUUUUCAAGAAGAUGGAUGUGAUGCUGAACUUGAGGGCAAGGCCCCCUGCUGGCUUGGGCUGUGGAAUUGAUUCAGGGGAGUACGUGUUUAUGAAUCCUCGGGUGUAUUUGGAUAGGUCUAAUGUGAUGGAUGAGAUGAGGGAUAGUCCAGGGCAGUCGGACGAGGAGGACGAAGAUGAUGGUGAUGAUGGUUUGGGAGGUGAGGAGGAGGUAGAUGGGGAGUCUGCUAGACUUCUAGCAGAUUCGAUUCAAAGGUUUGGGGAGAUAUAUGAGAAGAUUGAGGAGAAUAAGAGGAAUCAGAUGCUGGAAUUGGAGAAAAUGAGGCAGGAUUUUCAGAGGGACUUGGAGAUGCAGAAGAAGCAGAUUGUUGAUCGAGCACAGGCUGAGAUUGCUAAACUAAGAGACAUGGAUGACGAGGAGGAUAACACCGAUUCUUCUUCAGAGAAUCUUGGGGAUUGAUGUUGGUAAUUUCAACUCGUGGAUAUCGAAUGUGGUAUUUGUUUAAUGGUCGGUGUACACCUUGAAUUGGAUUUUGAUUUUAACCAACUGCUAUUCAGAUGAGAUGAUCCCCCAUGAUAUUUCAGUUUAGUUUGUGCCAUCUGUUGUUAAAUUGGAUGUUUUUGUUUAUUGCUGGUAAUGAUUGUACGCCACGUUAAGAAAUGUUUUGGGGUAGUGUAGUGUUAUUUGGACUCCUAAGGCUCUCAUUUGAGUGAAUAAAUGUGUGCUUGUCUCCUUCUAGAUAGACAUUUUGGCUAAUGGAUUUAUCGAGAAUCUCUGCAGGGAUUGUGUUUUAAUGUU